CUCAAUUUCAGUAGUUCGCUCAUUGUUGGCGCCUAUCGGCAUGAGGAGAGCAAUAAUGUAUAACCAAGGAUGAUUGUUGGGAAGCACGGUGCAUGGUAUGGCUGGGUACAGUGUCUCCGGGCGCAGAGCAGAAAUGCUGUAUCUUCCAUAGUACGUAACGUUCAUUAUCUAUGGCCUUAUAAGUUCAGCUCAUCCUUCGCUUGGAUUGUUUCCAAACCUCAGUACCAUUUGCCUCACUCUAUCUACUCUCUCUGCACAUUUAACCAUGGACUCUGUCGGACCAACCGUGGUAGAUACCGUUGCUGCAAUCAGCCAACUUGUGGACCUCUUCAACAACCUACCAAAUGAGCCUCCAUCCCUCUACGUCGAUAUUGAGGGCAUAAACCUAUCUCGUCAUGGGUCAAUCUCGAUUAUACAAAUCUUUCUUCUUCCUAAAAAUCGAACCUUCCUCAUUGACAUUCACACACUCGGCCAGUUAGCCUUUACCACUGCCUCUGCAAGUGGCACAACUCUCAAAAUGGUGCUUGAAUCUGGACACAUCCAAAAAGCUUUCUUUGACGUCCGCAAUGACUCCGACGCCUUGUACAACCAUUUCUCUAUUCACCUCGCGGGAAUUCAUGACAUUCAACUACUCGAGCUCGCAACGCGCAAUUUCUCCAGGCGAUGUAUUAAUGGUCUAGCCCGGUGUAUUGAGCGUGAUGCCCAGUUGACUAUGUCUGAGGCUCGAGAAUGGAAGCUUGCCAAAGACAGAGGGCGGAUGUUAUUUGCACCCGAAAGAGGAGGCUCAUACGACGCCUUCAACCAGCGUCCACUUUCACAGGAUAUCAUUAGAUACUGUGCUCAGGAUGUACAGAUAUUACCGAGCUUAUGGCAGAUUUAUCACGCUAAACUAGGAGGGAGUUGGAAAGCAAAAGUUGAAUUAGCUGUGAAAGAUCGGAUCAACGUUUGUUUGCAGGUCGACUACACUGGUGUUGGAAGACACAUGGCAAUGGCACCUGUAGGCUGGGUGUAGAAUGGUCAUUGACAUUCUAUGCAAGCCCCCAGGAUGUAUCUUGUCCUGUUCCUACCUUUGCUGUGUCGACUCACAUAACUUUGCCCUAUCCUAAGCUGUGGAUGAAAAUCAAGAAACAGUACCUAUCAGAAGGCUUCUGCAUAGUAAAAUCUUCGCUUUACGACAUCAGCUUUGUUUGCUAAUCGAUUCAAAAUACCCAAUCAGAAUGGAGACCCGUUUUUGAUCAUGUCCUCUUCCCAUCCAAUACAGUCCCGCGCUGUAUCCGGAUAGUCAUCCCAGCCAUCAUUAGCCAUGUUGUCGAAUUGUUCACCGUAUUGUAAGUCAUCCAGGAAAUCGUGGUCUUCCAUUUCGUCAAACAAAGCGUCCCAGUCCUUGCUAUAAUCUUCCGUCCAUGGCCCUAAGACUUUGUCACUUGCCUAACCGUCGUAUUCGGGUUUCUGUGAUAGCUGGAUGCGAUCAUUCGUUGCGUUUUGCA